GUCCUCUCUCCCCUUCCAAAACCCGACAUUUUCCUGGCAGGAGGAAAAGAGCUCUUAACAGAAAUGGAAAAGGGCGAAGAGUCAGAAAUCGACCACCAACACGACGCCGCCGCCGCCCAAUCUUCCACCACCGCCCACCACCUCGCCGUGCCGGCUGGAUUGUCUCAGCACGAGUUCGAGGAGUUGAAGCACCUCAUCCUAGAGUUCCACACCUACGAACUCCGGGGCGGCCAAUGCUCGUCCCUGCUCUCCCAACUAAUCCGAGCCCCGCGCGACGUGGUGUGGUCCGUCAUCCGCCGCUUCGAUAAGCCGCAGACUUACAAGCACUUCAUCAAGAGCUGCGCCGUCGCGGAAGACUUCACAAUGGCCGUAGGUUGCACGAGAGACGUGAAUGUAAUCUCUGGACUCCCCGCCGCCACCAGUACAGAGAGGCUCGACAUACUGGACGACGAUCGAUACGUCACCGGAUUCACCAUCACCGGCGGCGAGCAUCGGUUGAGUAACUACCGGUCGGUGACGACGGUUCAUGAGAUGGAGCGCGAUGAUCAGAUCUGGACCGUCGUUUUGGAAUCGUACAUCGUGGAUGUGCCGGAAGGGAACACGGAAGAGGAUACGCGUCUAUUCGCCGACACGGUUGUGAAAUUGAAUCUGCAGAAGCUUACGUCUGUGACCGAAGGAAUGGCUCGGGCCGUCGAUGACGCAGGUACAUCCAAAUCACCACACUAAUUUCACAAACAAACAAAGAACGAAAGAAAGAUUCUGGAAGAAGGAAAAAAGAAAAUUAUUAAAGAAAGGAAAGAAGAGAAGGCAUUAUUUCUGAAUUUCUUCUUCUCUCUUUGAUUUUUGAUUUUGUUCUCUCUUUUUCUUCUCCGGGUGGCGUUGGGACUGUGAGUAUGAUGGAUCGAUUUUCCGUUGUUGUAUGAAGAACAUUAAAAUAUCCUGUAGUUCCAAGAGGAAAGCGAUAGGGGUAUUGAGCAGUGUUCUUUAAUCUGCUUUAUUAAUUCA